AUGGCUCCGCCAUCGCCGCAGCUAGUGCCGCUCGAGGAGAAGAGGACCCCCGUCGACGAAGCUGGCGACUCGGAGAAGCACGAGUACUCAGCGGCCGGCCUCAGCGACUUCGACUUCACCCCCGAGGAGCAGAGGCGCAUCAUCCGCCAUGUCGACGUGCGCCUCGUCUUGACCAUUGGCGCUCUGUACUGCGUCAGCCUCAUGGACCGAACCAACCUGGGAGCCGCCAAUAUUGCCGGCAUGAGCACCGACCUGAAUCUGAUGAACAACAACCACUAUUCCAUCAUCUCGCUCGUCUUCUUCGUCACCUAUGUGGUCUUCCAGCCUCCGUCGACCAUCAUCGUGCGGAAGAUCGGGCCGCGCAUCCACCUGGCCGCCAUCACGGUGCUCUGGGGGAGUUGCAUGAUUGGCAUGGGCUUUGUGUCCAAGUGGGAGCACAUGGCUGGCCUGCGCGUUGUCUUGGGUAUUCUCGAAGCUGGUUUCUUCCCGAGCUGCGUCUACCUGCUCAGCACGUGGUAUACUCGAUACGAGCUUGGGAAGCGCAACUCGGUCUUUUACAUGGUCGGAUGCAUAGCUGCUGCCUUUGCGGGCAUUUUGGCAUACGGGAUCAUGCAAAUGGCCGGCCUGGCCGGGCUCAACGGGUGGCGAUGGAUCUUCAUCAUGGAGGGCCUCCUGACGUGCAUCCUCGGGGUUGGCGGGUACUGGCUGCUCGUCGACUUCCCAGACUCGAAGCGCAAGACGUGGUCCUUCCUCGGGCCGCGAGAGCGCGAGUGGAUCUGCGCGCGCGUGCAGGCCGACCGCGGCGACGUCGAGCCGCAGCCAUUUUCGUUCGCGCGCUACCUCGGGGCCGGGACGGACCCCAAGAUCUGGCUGUACGGCAUGGUCUUCUUCAAUACUACUACCAUCACCUACGCCCUCGCCUACUUCCUGCCCCUGAUUCUCGUCCAGAACAUGGGCUUUACUGUGGCACAGGCCCAGUGUCUCGGUGCACCGCCCUAUGUUCUCGCUGGCAUCGUCAUGUACGCGACAAGCUGGUGGGGGGACCGCUACCAUCUCCGAGGGCCCGUCGUUGCCUUUAACAUGAUUCUGUGCCUGAUUGGUCUGCCUAUCAUGGGCUUCCACCCGAACCCUGCGGUGCGGUACUUUGGCGUGUUUUUGACCACGGCCGGGGCCAACUCAAAUGUGCCCGCUGCCAUGUCGUACCAGGCCAACAACAUCCGCGGCCAGUGGAAGCGCGCCUUUUGCAGCGCCACUUUUGUGUCGUUUGGCGGCAUUGGCGGCAUUGCAGGCAGUUUGGUGUUCCGAUCCGAGGACGCGCCAGGCUAUCGACCAGGACUCUAUGCCUGCAUCGCGACAUGCCUCCUUAACCUGAUCAUCGUCGCCGUCUUGAGCAUAUCCUUCUACUUCCUCAACCGCCAGGCGGAUAGGGGCGAGAGAGAGCUCGAGUGCGAAGGGGACGACGACUACCAACCCGGGUUCCGCUAUACUUAUUAG